ACUGACAAUUUCUUUUCCGUCACAUCGGAGCGACGUGAAGACACUUAUUUAGGAUGUCGGCCCACAAAACAUUCAGAAUUAAGCAGAAGCUUGCGAAAAAGCUGAAGCAAAACAGGCCCAUUCCACAGUGGAUCAGAAUGCGCACUGGAAACACUAUCCGGUACAACGCCAAGCGCCGUCACUGGAGACGUACAAAGCUGAAGCUGUAAGCUUCACGGCCAGGAUCUUUCGUUUACAGUUACAUGUUUCUGUAUACUACACUUCCACACAGGAUGUUCAAUUCCCGGCUUCUCCGCUCUGUAAAGUUUCAGGUCCAAGUAAUUAUGAUGCAGUGGACUUAGUGCGAGGUAUUUACUGAAAAUAUUCACCGAUUGCCUCGAAGAACCAAGUGUUGCGAUUUAUACGAGUAAUUGUCUCCUUGAAUGGAAAACAAUAUAAGUGUUAAGCCCGGAAAUGAAGGUUCUGUGGAUUCAAAA